GGGAUCCUCCAGCUUUAGCUGGCAGGCUCGCUCGAGCUCGGCUCAUUGACCGGCUCCCGCUCAGGCUCAGCCGCUCAGGUUCAUCUCCUCCCUCUGUUUUUCUCAAAGCUGACAAAAAAAAACUUUCCCUUCUCUCGGACUCCCUCCUCCCCGGCGGCGACGAUUGGGCGAGCGGCGGCGCCAUUUGUCCUGUCUUCGCCCAGCCCUUUGCCGGCGAUGAGCGCAUCCUCCAUACUUGGGAUUGAUGGAUUCAGUGUAGAUGCUUGUGGCUUUGAGCAAUCUAAUUUAGGGAAAAGGCCUAGAGAUGAACCAUCUUCAUCUGGUCCGAAAUCCAAAGCUUGUCGUGAAAAAAUGAGGAGGGACAGGCUGAAUGACAGAUUUCUGGAAUUAAGUUCGGUUAUGAAUCCUGGUAAGCAAGCUAAGUUGGAUAAAGCAAAUAUCUUAAGUGAUGCAACCCGUAUGUUGGCACAACUUAGAGGUGAGGCAGAAAAGCUUAAAGAAUCAAAUGAGAAGCUGCGAGAGAAUAUCAAGGACCUGAAGGAGGAGAAGAAUGAGCUCCGAGAAGAGAAAGUGAGACUGAAGGCAGAAAAGGAGAGGCUGGAGCAGCAAGUUAAAGCAAUGAGUGCACCUCCUACAGGAUAUGUUUCCCAUGUCCCUCAUCCAGCCGCAUACCAUCCUGCUGCUUUUGCUCCAUUUGUACCACCACAGCAGGCUCCAACCAAUAAAAGCGCUCCAAUCCCCGCAGCGUUCCCUGGGAUGGCGAUGUGGCAGUGGCUGCCUCCGACUGUGGUGGACACAACUCAAGAUCCGAAGCUCUGGCCACCAAAUGCUUAGCUGCAUCUAGUGCAUAAUGCUGACUCAUGGUGCUGUCUCAUCCAUUGGCGGCAAAUCAGAGUGUCUGUAGAUCCCUGGAGAGGAAAGAAGUCUUCAACUCCGGUCAUGAUUUUGCUGUUACUGUUAUUUCCAGCAGUUAUAAACACUUGUUCCAUUGAAGGGUGAUGCCUGUAAUUAAUAUGGAUCUUAACCCUCUUAGUUGCAAAUAUUCCAUUGCGACCUUGUCUCGUCUCA